UCUCGUGAUGGUAGGCGUCAAAAUGUCAACACCGUGAGCGGAAAGCGGCUACAGGGGCCGAGCAGCUAGCAUGAGUCCUGAAGCAGCCACAGCGCACAAAUGUCGCGUUUUCUCUGACUUAUAAGGAUGUCUGCUACCAGGAUGUCUGCUACCAGGAUGUCUGCUACCAGGGGCAGUCAAGCCACUCUUGUCCACAGCCUAGCCACGCUGUUACGCAACGACGGGGACAGCGUUCUGGAUGGUUCGAGCGUGCUCACUCUUCACGCGGGCUGCGUCCAACAUCUCACGCGCCUCUUUGAGCAGUACCUGCUGAGCCGCGCGCACCAGCACGGCUUUCUCGCGCUGCCGUCCCAUCCGGCGGACACCGCCUCUCUGCUGCAGGUGCAGUUCAUCUUCGACAUGCUCCAGAAGACCCUGGCGCUCAAGCUUGUCAGUCCGCCUGGUUCAAGCUUGCAGUCUGUUGUGAAAAUCUUCCCCUUUAAGUCGCUAAAGCACUUAGAACUGAAACGGAUUCCCCCCGGCUGCCUGGAGGGAUUGCGUGGUGUCUACUCUCAGCUGGAGGUCUUCACCUGCUCCAAGAGCCUCACCACUCUAAAGGAGCUGCUGUCACACUGUGGUGGAGAUCUCAGCUCUGCCUUACCCUGGUUAGAGCUUCAUACCCUCAACUUCAGUUAUAACUCUAUUUCUUCUCUCGACGAGUCCCUGAGUUUGUUGAAUGUUCUGAAGUCACUUGACUUAAGCCACAACAGAAUCCGGGACUGCGCUGAGUUCCUGAUGCCUCUGAGUGAGCUACAGCACCUGAACCUCGCCUACAACAACCUGCAGAGGGUGCCACAGCUGGGCCAGGAUUCCAGGGCCAAGCUGAUCACUCUGGUACUGAGGAACAACGAACUGGAAACCAUUAAUGGCAUGGAGCAGCUUUCUUCUCUCCAGCAUCUAGAUCUGGCCUACAACCUCCUGAUGGAACACCUUAAUCUCACCCCUCUGUCUGGACUGCACAACCUCCAGAUGUUAAUUUUAGAAGGAAAUCCUUUGUACUUCCAAAAAACACAUCGAACCUCAACUGUCUGCCACCUUUCACCACGAGCUGCUGCCCAAGGACUUCAGCUGGACGGUUCGUCGCUGUCGCCCACCGAGCUCGCGGCUGUGCCAAAGCAGAAGAUGGGUCAGACAUGCCAGACACGCCAAGUUGCUAUGGCACCUGAGCAGAUGGUGCAGGACGCAUCGAGUGGAGGCGGGGACAUGAGCGACAGUCUGUCCGUCAGUGAAUCCGGAGCGGGCCGGAUCCACAGGAGGAAGUCCAAGGUAAAGGUGAGGACAGCUAGCAUUUCCGAGCCCAGUGACACAGACCACGAACCCCGACAGACAGCUUUGCAGGACAUCCUAGACAUCGUCCUGCACCACCAGAAGGACAUUGAGAGGAUGGACAGCUUCCGUGAGCAGAUGGGUGAAGACUGGCUGAGAUUUCAGCACCAUCUGGACGGCACGCAGGACCCCACCCCCGCGUCCACACCCAGGACCGAGGGGGCCGCGGCACAGGUGACUGCCCACGGCUGCCACGCCCCCUUCGCGCCCGAGCCCACGAGUGCCCCCCAGCCACCGCGGCCUCAAGCCCUCCCUGCUCCGCUGCUCUCUUCCGAGCCCAAGGGAGGAGAGGAACUGCAGAGCUCAGACCAGCUGGACACUGAGUCUACCCUGCAGUGGUCGGGCCACAGUCCCCUGAGCACUGAGUCUACCCUGGAGAUGAGCACAGGCGAGCCCCAGGCUUCGGGGAAGGCCUGCGCUCUCUCAGCUCCUCCAGAUGAGGAGGAGGACCUCGGAGUGGACCUGUGCAGGCCCAUGCUGGUCCAGGUGCUCUCCGAGGCCGAGGAGACAGACGGGGUCACACCGCUUUUCCUGCGCGUCCGCCAGGGUCACGUGCAGGAGGUAGAUGUGCAACAGGGACGUGUACGGACCCAGUUGGAGCUGGCCUGCCUGCGGAACGUCGCCGUCUCCCAGGCCACCUGGAUAGAGAAGGAGAAGGAGAGAUCUCACCCAGCUCUCGAGUUGCACUUUAACUACAUAAACCGCUCGCGGAAGAAGAGGCGCUACAUCGUGCUGGACGAUGACCCUCAGUGCGCCGUGCAGGCUCUGGCCGAGGUCCUAUCCAGUGUGGUAGCGGAGAACAUGCAGCAGGCGAUGGAGGGGAGGAACCGUGGCGUGCGUCUGCAGUGCCUGAGGUGCCGCGCUGAGGUCCCCCAGCUGGAAGCCGGGCGCCUGGCAGAAGCACUGCGUGACCCGCCUGCCUACCAGGCGCGUCCGGGAGAGACCGGAGGGGAAGGACACACUCCAGGUGACAUCGUUUACUGUCCAGAAUGCAACAGUGAUCACGUGGUCCAGCUGGCGGGUCAAGCUGCCCCGUCCACCAGCACACCUGUCUACUGUGAUGCUGUCCAGAACCGCAACAGGUGCUUUAACUUUGAUGACAUCGACACAUCUGUUCGCCUUCAGCUGCCCUUCAAGAGCCAGAGCCUGGAUGCAUCUCUGCUGGCCAGUGGCAGUCCCCUGCAUGUGACCCAGGACUCUGAGUUCUCCACAGUUCAAGAGGGGGUCACGGACACCUUCCUCACCGCCCACAGCUCGCUCUCCAACCUUGCAACCAAUCACAGCGAGGCCUGGUUCGACCAGCCAAUCGGCUUUCACUCUGCUGACAUCCAAGCGCAGGCGGACCCAGAAGUGACCGAGGAUGAGCUGGAAGGAAGUGGCACUGGCUCCAAGGAGCAUCCGAAGCCCUGGGCUCCACACGCACGAGGGCCCGCACCCUUUGACCUGAUGUCCGAAGAUUUUGAGGCUGUGGACCACCGGUUGAAACUCUUCCUGGAUGUGGAAGUGUUCGAGGGAGAGGAAGAGAUUCACUGUUUCCUGAAGAUGUCCAUCGUGAAGUUCGGAGACCCUGUGGAGUUCCCGGCUCUCAUGGUGGUGUCUGACCAGCACAUCUACAUCCUGGAAAUGACUUCACAGUCAGAAGGCCAGCCCUCAGACUGGCUCCGAAAGAGGGCCCACCACCGUCUGCGUGAGCUGACCUAUCUGGAGGUGGGCCUCGGAUCCCAGACCAUCCACAUGGAGUUCGAUGAGGGCGGAGCCGCCUACACGCUGCUGGUUCGUGACAGCGUGCGUUGCAGACGCUUCUACGGUCGCCUGACAGGAAUAACCAGGGAAUUGGCCCCAAAGUCUGACAGCAAGCUGAGGGGCAUCUCAACCACACGACUGAACCCCAAACAUCAUCUCUGGCCACUGGUGUGUGACGGCAGUGAAAUGGCAGCUGAGGAAGUCACUCAUCCCCCAUUUCUCUAUCUGCUGGCCUUCCUCCAGCGAGAUGACUCUUUGACCUCUGUGACUGUGCUGGCCACUCGCGAGAUGCUGUGCCUCCUCGAUGAAGACCACCAAUGGAGCAAGAGGCAGUCUGAGCUUCCGGCCAAUGAGGAGGGCCAGACCAACAGCACACGGGUCACGGUUCGUGAAGUCCAGCCAAUCAGCUGCGUCAGCUCCAUCCACCUGUCCUCGUCUGAUCCAUGCCAGGUGGACAUUAAACUCUAUGAUGAGAUGGCUAAGGAGGAGAGGACAUGGCCUUUAAGGACUGAGGCUAGUCAGGAGAUUGAGUCUUUAGUGGCCUGGGUCCGAACCCAGUGGGAGGCCAUGUUUGGCGUCAAACUUCUCACAGCUAUCCAGUAGCAACGCUCCACUCGCCUCAGGGACCGUCUCUUCGUUCGUUUGUCCCUGUCCGCACAAGUUUCCUGGAAAUGUCCACGUCGGCCGCAUGUUUUCCGGUAAUGCUGGGGCCAUUGGCAUAGCAGCCCUGCUGGUGCCCCAGCUCUGCAAUGCAAGGCACCGUAAGCAUCAGGUGAUAAUGUGUCCACGUCACAGUGGCUGCGUUGUACGUGAGGGGGUCGGGGGGCCUUCUCCGGUCUCUCAGGGUUGGGUAUCCUCUGCAUUCAUCACUCUUGAAGGAUUUCACUGUAAUCUGCUAAAAUUUGAAAGCCAUAGUCGUGUGUGCACUGUUCUGAACACAAUCUGGGAUUGUUGCAAUAUAAUGAGAGACACGAUUCCUCACUAGUUUCAGUGGGUUGUUCAUUGGCCUCUCUUUUGUUUAGUUGGUUGUUUACCUACACACACACACACACACAAACACACACACUUUUUCCUAUGAUUUCCUAUGUGUACAGAUGCACGCAACUCUACACUCAUGACCUGUGAAAGUAGAGCUUCAUCCCUUUGUCAGUGUUUGAGAAAUACGCCCCUGAAUAUUUGCAAAUGUGUUGCUAAAAAUGUUGAAAUGAAAUUGCACAUAUAUCACUGGCACAAAGCUCUGCUGUCACAUCUAAAAUGGAGCCUUAAGUGUCUAAAUAUUUUUGUUUUGUUUUUAUGAAUGCAAGAAUGUGUCCUAAAAAUGUUUUUUCAUUGUGUUAAAAUAACUGAUUUGUGUAGGCCUAUUUAUGACAAACCGCUGUCCUGGCCUUUUUCAAGGGAAUCGCGAAGAUAUUUGUUUUUAUUUUUGCUAUUGAAAUAAACAUUGUGUAUCUUGAUGGA